CGUGCCGUAGGCCUCACUCACGCACACACUCUCGAUCCGGAGGACACCCUCUUCUCCCUUCUUUGUCUUCCCACCCAUCCUUCAGCAAGCAUCCACCCCAUCCCAGCUAGCAUACAGUAGAGAUUGACCAUCAUGGCAGGCGGAGACAAGAAGCAGCCCAACAACAAGCCCAAGGUGGCCCCCUCAACGCACCUCAUCGCUGGCGGUAUCGCCGGCUUCGCAGAGGCGUGCACAUGUCAUCCCUUGGACACGAUCAAGGUCCGCAUGCAGCUCUCACGCCGAGGCAAGGCCUCAGGCCAAAAAGCCCGCGGUUUCCUCGCAACGGGCGCCUACAUCGUUCGUCGUGAGACGCCCCUCGGCCUCUACAAGGGUCUGGGUGCCGUCGUAGCAGGAAUCGUCCCCAAGAUGGCUAUCCGCUUCAUGUCCUUCGAGCAGUACAAGGCCCUUCUCGCGGAUCGCCAGACGGGCAUUACCAAUCCUUCUGGCGUCUUCCUUGCCGGACUGGGAGCUGGUACCACCGAGGCUGUAGUGGUUGUGAAUCCAAUGGAGGUCGUCAAGAUUCGAUUGCAGGCACAACAGCAUUCCCUUGCUGAUCCGCUCGAGGUGCCGAGGUACAGAAAUGCGGCGCAUGCGCUUUACACUAUAAUCAGGGAGGAAGGGUUCAUGACCCUCUACCGCGGUGUAGCAUUGACUGCUGCUCGUCAAGCUACAAAUCAAGCCGCCAACUUCACCGCCUACCAAGAGCUCAAGAACCUCGCGCAACGCUAUCACGGCACCUCUGAGCUCCCCUCGUACGAAACAGCCGCCAUGGGUCUCAUCUCAGGCGCCCUGGGCCCCUUCUCCAACGCUCCCAUCGACACGAUCAAGACGCGCAUCCAACGCGCAUCCAAGAUCGAGGGAGAGACGGCCAUCUCCCGUGUCAUGAAGGUCGCAGGCGAGAUGUGGGCUCAGGAGGGAAUCUCUGCAUUCUGGAAGGGUAUUACCCCGCGUGUGGCUAGGGUUGCCCCGGGACAGGCAGUUGUCUUUGCCAUCUAUGAGAAGGUAAAGGGGAAGAUUGAGGCAGCUAAGGCGGGCGAGUUCAGUCUGACGGACACGAGGAGCGAUGAGUAGGCGAGCGGGCGAGCGUGGGGCGUGACUUUCGUGUCUCGUCGUGGCUUUUGUGCUGUUGGGGGUGGCUUCUCUAAUGCAUUACAAUACCGGACUAUAGCGACAGUUCGUCG